AUGACCAGUGCUCGGUCUCACUCCAGUCUUAGCCAAGCAAGCGAGAGGAGCAAAAGACUGAGGACUUAACGCUGUGCCAUGAGUAAGAUGUGCUUCGUCGGAUUGUUUAUUUUGUUUCUUGUCAAAUCUACAGAGGGGUAUCCUGAUGGGGCCCCAGAGCGCGCCUGUUUUUUCAUGAUACCCAGACACACGCAUCCUCAAUCAGGCAGACCGAUUUUCAAGCAGGCUGGAGGAACUCCAUACAACAUCACCCUCAGCUCGCUGACCUACACACCAAACCGUCCACUCAGAGUGACUAUUAGCGGCGCACCCUUCAAGGGGUUUUUGAUAGUGGCGGGAGAAGAGGGGUCCAAGGAUUGGCCCACAGGGCAAUGGUACACGGAGAAUGAUGCUGCCCGGCCCAUGUUCUGCUCGGGUAAAAACGAUGCCAUCACCCACACUAAUUCCAGGUGGAAGGACUCCAUCACACUUCUGUGGUACGGUCCUACCCACAGCACGGCAGACAUGAUACAGUUUAUAGCCACGGUGGUGACAAACAGAACCACGUAUUGGACAGAGAUUAGGUCCCCCAGAAUCACCAUGGACAACGCCGCACAGGAGGCACAAGCUGAAUUUAACCCUCUAACAGCUGCCAUGUCUAGCUUCGGAUCCUCGGGACUUGAUCCAUGGGGUUACCCUACCACUGACGCCUGGGGGUGGGGAGGCGGACUUGGGGGAAAGGGUAGCAGCAGAAUGUCUAUGAACUCACGAUCAGGGGGCUCAGGAGGCGAGGGGGCGGGGGCAGGAGAGGCCGCACCGGCGGGGGAGGGGGUAACGCCCUCCUCACGAAACCCGUGGGGAAACGCUAGAAUGAACAUGUUUAGAUCAAACUUUUUUAAUCCCUUUUCAUUAUUCUGGAGGAGGCGGAAAUGAUCCUGAUCAUCAGAGUUUUAGAAGUUUGCUUCGUGGGUGUGUAAGGACCAGUGAGGGCGUGUGUCGGGUCUAGCGAGAGGGGCACUACCGCACAGGAUCUCCAAUACUAUUCUCAACUUUCUUCUUUCGUUUUUUAUUUUAAAGUAUUAGAACAAAAAAUCAAUUUGAAUAUUUAAUGCUACAUUAGAACAUCGGUACCUAGUGUGUUAUUAAACCAUAUUUUUGGUUGGAAUGUAAAAUUGAUGACAAUGAUGUAUAAGUAAUUAUAUUGUACAAGUUUCACACUUCACACUGUGUGUGAGAUACAGUAUUUCAGACAAAAGAUGGAGAGACCUGUGUCAAUAUAUUAUUUGGUCUGAUGACCUGUAUGUAAUUAAUUACACUCCGUGUAAAGAUGUGUUUAUGCUUAUGUUUAUUUAUUACCUGUCAUGUUGCAUGUAAGAUAUUAUGAAUGUCACUGAUUUUCUGCAGUACAUAAAUUGCAUGGGCUGUACAUUGUACAAGGAAAAUUAAUUAAACAUCAAGAUAAAAAAGAA